ACACUGAGUUGGAGGGAUGAACGUACGUGGACUAGACGUGACCAAACUGCCCCGCCCAUAUCUCUAUGCCCCCCCCCCCCCCCCCGCAUACUUACAGUACAGUAUAUUUCAGAUAUGCAUUUGCAAAGUUAAUCUAUUUCGGAUGCCGAUAUUUAGCGUUGACGCUUCACGUCCAGUAGUACACGCGGAAAAUCAUUUACCUCAGUCCCAUUCAUUCCCAAACGUGCUGUUCUGUGUAUUACGUUGGCUAUUAUUAAUUCCUUCGUAGAUUUACUCUUAUUUUGCAAGGUGAAGCUGGAAAAAGACGACCAGAAAGAACAAUGCAGUCUAAGAGGAAAAAUAGCAUUACGAAUGAUGGCAAAAGCAAAACACAGCACAUUUUAGGCAGUAAAAAAUCUCAACGAAAAGAAAAGUCUGAAAUUCUGCUCGAAAAUUUGGUGUUUGGAAAUGACAUUGAAGAUCGUAUUCAGGAUUUGGAAGAAGAAGAAGCUGUGGAACUGGAUGCACAGUUAGGUUCUGAAGAGGAACCUGAAAGUGACGAUGGUGAAGGCGUUUCUACAGGUAUUCAGAGUAGACUCCAGGGAUCUAAUGAUGCUUUGUCUCCUGGUAAAGGGAAAAGGAAGCCGGCUUGGCACGAUGACACUGAUGAAGUGCAGUUAAGCUUUGAUCGGGAAAAAAGCUACAGACAGCAGAAACUAAAAAGGAGAGCUGAGAAAGAAGUGAGCGGUCAACAAAUUCAAGAAAGAUUAAAGUCACAAUAUGAAAAGGUAGUUGGUUGUACUCCAUCUUGGGCCAAGUUGAAGUCAGAGAGAGAAAAGGAGGGUAGUGAUGAGAGCGAUGAUGAGGAGGAUGAUGAUGACCAUCCUCUUCUGAGGAGAACGGGGGAUUAUUUGACUAGUUCCGAGACACUUCCAUCUACCAAUCUUAAUAUCAAACGGUUAACUAACCUCAACAAGGAACAUCCAACAGAGGGCAAAGUGACUGCAUUAGAGUUUCAUCCAGGAGCUCAGGUUGCCAUGGUAGCAGGGCUGGAUCAAAGACUUAAUCUAUUUCAAGUUGAAGGAAGAUAUAACCCAAAGAUUCAGAGCAUAUUCGUGGAACAGUUCCCCAUUCACUGUGCUCACUUUGCAUCACAAGGAACAGAGGUUGUACUUAGCGGAAAGAGGAAAUUCUUCUAUGUCUAUGACAUGAUAGCAGGCAAAGUUUCACAGAUACCAUACAUUAGAGGUAUAAGGGAGAAUAAGUUGCUUAGCUUUGAAGUGUCUCCAGAUGGGAAGUUUCUUGCAUUCCUGGGUGAUUAUGGAAACAUUCAUCUAUUAUCCACACAGACCAAGGAAUUAAUCACAACCCUGAAAAUGAAUGGCAGUGUGGAUGCAGUGACUUUUACAUCUGAUGGAUCUAAGAUGAUGUCUUUUGGAGAUGAUUGUGAUGUUUAUGUUUGGGACAUGAAUACGAGAGAUUGUAUUCAUAAGUUUGCUGAUGAGGGAUGCAUCAAAGGAAAUACAAUAUCAGUAUCACAAGGAAGUAGAUAUUUUGCUACGGGCUCACAGAGUGGUGUGAUAAACAUCUAUAAUGACCAAUGCUUGACCAAGCAGCGUCCAGCACCUCUAAAGGCUGUUAUGAACUUGACCACACCUGUUACGGCUACUAGAUUCAAUUCAACCAAUGAAAUCUUAGCAGCUAUCUCAGUCUACUCACGGGAUGUAGUAAAGAUGAUCCACCUCCCAUCUUGUCACACGUUUGCCAAUUUCCCCACAACCAAUGAGGUGCUACGUAUACCAUGUGCUCUAGACUUCUCUCCUAGGAGUGGAUACUUUGCUCUGGGUAACAAUAAAGGGGAAGUCCCUCUCUUCAGGUUAAAACACUACAAGGAUUAUUGAGUAUGAUGCUUCAGCUUAAACAUCAAUGGAAUCCCGGGGUGGUAUUCUGAGAUCCACUUUAUCUCAGAUAAAAUAAAAUAUUUUAUCUCCGUUAAAAUCAGUGAGAUAAAAUACCCUUAAAAUCUCUCUGAAUAGGUAUUCUGAGAUCAAUUUUAUCUUCAUUUUAUCUCUGUAAGACACACCUAUUUUUUAAUCAAUAUCCAAUUAGAAGCGCGCUUUUAUAGCUCUCUCAUAUCACUCAACCAAUGGAAAUCCAUUCCGCCAGGAGGUGUGGCGAAGGAGUGAGAUUGCGUCAAUUUAUUGACUUCAAUAUGCUUGCACUAUACGCUUGCGCGUCUUUACAGAGAUUUUUUUUUUUUUAAUGACAAUACAAUUUUUGUUCGAAGUCUAUAUCGCAUCUUUUCAAGCAUCAUUUCAAAGACAAUAUUUGUCAAGAAAAGUCUUACGAAAUGCUUCCUGAUUGUACAGGAAUAACUUUAAGGUGUUGUUCUCAAUGAAUAUAUAAUUUUUCUUAAUUUUCAUGUCAACAUUUGGAGUUAAUUCACCUAAAACUAAUGAUGAAAUCAACGUCGUGGAGAUAAAAUAGCCCCUACCCUCUUUUAUGUUUAUUUUAUUUUUUCUUCAAAGUAACAUGGGCGCAAGCACAUCAUCCGCGUUGCAAUGGCCAGAUGGGCCAAAUACGCUAUGGGUAUGUCUAUGCAGGCACUCCUCUGUUGCGUAUCAUCUGUAGAUACGCAAGAUAAAAUUUAUACGCAAGAUAAAAUUUAAAAUUUUAUCUGAGAGAUGAAAUGUCAUCUCGGAAUACCAAUUUCAUUUUAAGAGAUAAAAUAAAAUAUUUUAAAGAUAAAAUGACCUCAGAAUACCGCCCCUGGACUUCAGCUUAAACACCAAUGGAAUCAUGGACUAUGAUCAGGAGAGUAGACCACAUGUGCAUGAGGGCAAUCUACACCAUAUUCAUUUAAGAAUGUCUUGGUUUUCAUGAUGAUAAAUAUCGUCUCUCUGGAUUGUAAGGUUUUCCAAAACCACCCAGAUUCUAUGACAACAAGUAAUUUAAACUGUCGUAGUUUCAUGUGCCGUUUCAUAAAGCGUUACAACUCUGAUAACUUUCCAUUAUGGCAACCAUCGUGGUAAUCGGCAGCCAAUCAUGAUCAAGGUUUCCAUACAAUAACCUGACCUUUGUAUCAACAUUUCUUCAUUUGAUGAGAGAUGAGAGAUGACAUGACAUUGGAUUAUAUAUAAAUUUCAAAUUGUUUUUAUUAUCCAUUAUGUAAUUUUUUUGCUGUACGAAUCUCUUUGAUAAUAAGGAUAAUUGUUUUUUUUUUCCAAUUCAUCCAUUCCAACCCCAUCCAAAUAUUCAUGAAGUACAAAUAUCUAGUUGCCUGAUUAAUGAUGGUAAAGAGAUGCCCAAAACUAACACAAAUGAAAAAAAAAAAAUUCACAGACAUUGAAAAUAUUUUGAAUAAAACUUCUGUUCUUCUUCAGUUUAUUAUUACAAAGCAACCUAUGAUCACUUAAAAAAAAAUGUAAAAUAAUUCAUUUACAUUAUAUUUUGUAUUUAAGAGCCUUGUGGAGAUGCAUUAAAAAACUUGAGGUACGAUUUGAAGAGAUUAAUUUCAUGAUGUAUAAGAAUAAAUAUUUUAUACAAAGCA